AAGAGAGAGGAAUAGAAACGCAAUAAUGCAUUAUUAAUCAGCAACUGAAAUAAAUGGACUCGACAGCCGCAGUCGGGAUCUAAAUUCCUAAAACAAAUCAAUGAUCUAACCUCUGAUACCGAACAUCUCGUGCUUGACAUAUCUACAUCAUUCAAAUCUAAAUUUUCAAGUAUAAUUCUCUUAAAAUUGCAAAGAACGAAAGAGAGAGAGUAAUAGAAAUGCAUUAUUAAUCCGCAACUCAAAUAAAUGGACUCGACACCCGCAGCCGGGAUCUAAAUUCCUAAAGCAAAUCAAUGAUCUAGCCUCUGAUACCGAUGAUUAAUUUACCUUGUAACGUGGCCUCGAUGUCACAAAUCGCACCCUAUCAGAAUGUUCCUGUACAGACGAGUCAGUAUAAUUUCCCCACAUACCAACAACGACAAACCAAUACUCAGCAGAUGCAAACCGCUGCAUGCGGUCCGUAUUCCGGAACUUCUCAAGGACCCUUCGCUCAAGUUUACCAGCCAGACACUUACGUAACGCAGCAAUGUGCGCCGCAACCGGUAACAAAUCCAUGCCAUCCGAUCUUUCAAAGCCAGUGCAACCCCCCAGCGAGUCAUCCCAGCUGCGGCCAGCUGCCGCAAAAUAUUUUGGAUCAGAUUCGUGCUUGCGUCAGCAACACCGCGCCCAUUUUCAUUCUGCCCGGUAAUUGUCAACAAUCGCCGACGUCUCAGCAGCAACAGCAGCCGAUUUUGCCGCAGGCGACGAUGGGUUCGCUUCCUCCGACAACAGCAGCGUAUCCACCUAGCGGAUUAACUUAUCCGGCCACAUAUUACCCGUCACCGCCCUAUCCCUAUCCUUAUCCCUUACCUAUGCCGUUUUACGAUCCGUUUACUCGCGCGCGAGAUACUGCGCAGAGCUGCGGAUGCCGAAGAAGGGACGUCGACCUGACGGAGGUCAGAAGCGUCGCGCAAACUCUCGGUUGUGCUUACGACCCAGCUCUGGACGAGCACCAUUGCGUGCCCACCGUCGACGACAUCAUCUGCACGAAGAGAAGCUGCCCGUCCUCGCUGCAUCUUCAAGCACUGGCUUCUCAGUUUCUCUCGAUGCAGGGUAUCAUUGCGUGCGCCGCCACAAGAUUAAUAUUGCGCAAAGUACCUGGUUCGAAUGUAACCACCACCAUGGAAGACACGAUGGCGAAGGCGCAGAAGGCUAUAAGCGUCCUGACGAAGGAUCAGCUGUUAUCAGAGUCGAGGAACGCGCAGCAAGUUAACACGCUGAUCAACCUGCACAUGACGGCCAAUCCGCCGCCUAAUAUCAUUCCCAUCCUCACUCUGGUGCAGCUGAAGAUGAAUCUGCUAAAGGCGCAGGUCGAGGGACUCGUCAACCAGAAGAUAAUGGAAACUCAAGGCGUCGGUGUGGAGGUGGAGACCGAUCUCAUAGAUCCUACGAUUCUCGCUUUGAAGUCCGACGCCGAGCUGCGAGACUUCCUGUCGGUUUUGCGACAGAAGGAAUGCGACGAGAGGGUGAACGUGAACUUCGCACCCUAUCGCUCGCAGCGUGCGAUCGCGGAGACUCGGCUGAGAAAUAUUCAAAGCAAGCUUCGUCAGGUGGAAAUCGAGUUCGAUCGUAGACGGUGCGCGAUGCUGCCCGCGCCAACGUUGACGUCGCGCAUCGUGCAACAAUUCUCCAAACCGUGUUACUCGGCAAGAUUCGAGGAUUCCAGAAGAUUAUACAUAGGCGCGCUACCGCAGGACAUUCCCCGCUCGCCUGAUCCGUUCAUCCGCGUACAACCGCGGAGUCCCAAGAGGCUGCUGCUGAAGCCGUGCACGAGCAAGUCCGAAACUAAGUCCACGCAAAUCGCUGCCCCUGUUCCGGCAACCGGCAAUCCGUCGAAAGCCACGGAAAACGACGCCGGUGCAAGUUCCACGAGGGAUCAAUCCACGACGGCCGACCUUCAGCCGACCUCCAGUACGGAGACCUGCACCUGCGACAGGACGACGUCGGACGAGAGCGUCGGCGAGGCUAAAAAAAAACUCCAAUCGAGGAUAGUCGAGAUAAACGAGAGUAGCGUCGAGGAACCGUCGUCCUUGAUGAAGCUAACGUCGAAAAGCCUGGACCUGGGGACUCCGACCUGCGACGCGAAAGGCUGGAUAGCCGAAGCGUAUAUCAAUGUCGAGGAGGAUGAAUCGGUGAGGACUUUAACGGGAUCGAUUUGUGAGUCACGAGAUGCGACUGAGAUUCGAAGAAACUCGGGCCGAAUAAUGGAUCGGCAGGAAUUUACAAGUUCGGCGGAUCCGCGACAGUUUGAAAAACAAGGAGAGACCGAAAUCGCAAUUUCGAGAAAGAAUGAGGCAAUUAAGAAGUACGACAUUGAGACCGGGCGCUCGCAAGGUGUCUCGUCCCCGAAAGCUGAGCAAACGGAGAUGAAAACCAUAACUAUUGCAGAAGUCACGGACGUUGAGCCAAUUUCGGGCGCGCAGGAAACGGAGCGAAAAUCACCGAACGACUAUACUUCAUCGCUGGAAAUUGCGUUAAAGCCGGGGAGAGACAGGCACGAGAAUGAACAGGAAGAUAAAAACGGCAAAAUCUUACCCGCGAAUAAAACGAUGGAGUGGAUCGCGAAUGAAGUACCAACAAGUAAAAUCAAGAAGAAAACGAGAUUUCGCAUUUCGUUGAUGACGAAUAUCGUAUAUAAUAACGAGAAUGACGAGUAUCGAAGUAAACGGAAAAUUGAUAAGAAAAUAGUGACAAGAGGGAUGAGUAGAAUUACCGAUCCGGAUAUUGAAGAAUUGGAUAAAAACAAUUUGAUGGAGAAUCUAAGAAAUACCAUCGCGCACAAUAUUACCGGAAAAGAUCAUUCACAAAACAAGGAUCUUUCGAAGCUCCGCGUCGAUCGUCAAUGCCAGACUGCAUCCGAGGAAAAUAAAACAACAUCCGCCUCUUUGUUAAGAAUAAAUCUCUUUCCUCCAUUCAAGAAUCUACAUAAAUAUAUGACAGAUAAUGAGAGAAGCGGAAACGACGUAGGAGUUUAUCCAAGUCCGAUAACGAAAGCGGGAAUUACGGCUAGGAAACGUUUAUCCCACUGGAACGAUGUCGCAAAAAAUCCCCCGGAAAUUCGUUACAAGGAUAACGCGCGUUAUCCGCCUUCCAGCAUGGAAUGCGAAGAAAGUUUUAUUUCGGAAAUGUUCUCCGUUAUCGUCAAUCGCGUGGUUACAUUCGUCAAUAAAGUAAUUACAUUGAACGGAAGAUUACGUAAAAGUUUAAUCAUCGACGCUCCGAUAAGUCAUCGUCCCGAGCUAAUUUCAAAGGAUCACGAUCCAGUCGCAAGUAUCUCGGAUCCUCCCUUUGACACGAAUUUUGGGACACCUGGUACCAGCAAACGUGAUUUUCGCGACGCGAGUUUAUUACGGAUUUCUACCGAAGCAGAAUACGGCAGGAUACAUAAAAUAAGACACUCGAUAAUCCGAGAUCAAGAAAAUAAUACGGAAUGUUUAUUGAUCGCUACGUCGAGCCGAGAUUGUGAUCUGAUACGUGAUUUGGGACGUCCUUAUGAGGUCCAGAGAAGUCUUCUUAUACGCAGUCGAUUGAAGGAUCGUUCGAGUACGCAGGAUCAUCCACAUCCUUUUUCGCUUUUAAAACGUACUGGGAAAGGUGUAUCUAAAGAAUUUCGUCAAGCGAAAUGUAUCGAAAAUGUAGAAAUGAUCGAAGAAAAAAAAGCAUGUAAAUUAAGACGCAGCAAAAAAUUCUGGGCAUUAUCGGAAGUUCUAAAAACACACGAUGAAGUAUCAAAAAUGAGAGAAUAUAGUACUGAAAUUAAACAAGUUUUAUGCGAAUAUUCGCACGAGAAUAUUACGAAUAAUAAUACAUUUACUGUGCGAAAACACGCAAUUGUUGAUAAUAUCGCAACUGACGAUGAACUCGUGAUAAAUGUUCACGAUUAUUCCGGAUUGCAAACCGAAAUAAAUACGAAUACGUACGAAAAUCGCGGCGUAUGUUUAUUAUUGCAUAGCAAUUGACGAGGGGGUUUAUAUAACAUAAUUAUAUAAUAUAUAUAUAUAUAAUUGCUAAUU